AUAGGCUCACGUACAAACUGCAGUGGCCAAAUCGAAGAAUUUAAUUGUUUUUCGGUUCGAUUCCGGUAAAAGGACCACGCAUUUAUACUCUCAACAUGGCCGAUGUAGACGAUGGGUCCGAGCUGCUGUUCUUCGACACCUUUUCGCAUGAAGAAGUGACGGACAUCAAUUUGGACUUGGUGCAGUUCCCCAAGCCAGUAUUCAUUACUCAAGUGCGGAUCAUUCCGUUGGGAGCUCGGGUGCAGGCAGACUUUCCAGGCGGCGUUCGUCUGGGAGCCACCAAUCCCUCGAAGUUCGAUCUAGAGUUCUUCGUCAACGACUUGGGAAUGCCGGCUGCGUCGGCGUUUGAGAACCUCGGCCUGUUGCGUUACAACCAGAAUGACUGUAUCCAUUUGGACUGCUCGCAGGAAAAGAUUGUAACGGAUGGAUUGGUGCUACGCGGUUGGUACAGCACCAUCACACUGGCCAUCUACGGCAUCUUCACUAACUCGGUGACAGAGCCGAUUGCCAGUCCGACGUUGCCUUGUGAACCUGUUGGUCCGGAGAUAAGCAACCUUAGCGGCGAAGUGCUCCACCAGGAAGAUGUUUUGAAGGACGAGUGGCAGGAGCCAAUGCAAGCGGAAAUGCUAACCGCCCACAAAAGCAACGUCAGCGACUACGAUCCGGAGGACAUGGAGUACGGUAUGUCGCGGGAUCAUUACCACCAACACUCCGAGGAGCAGGAUCAGCGAGAAAUGCGCCGAUUGCGACGCUCCACGCACUCCACCGAUCACUCGCCGCCACCGCCUAGAAGGUCACACACGCACUCAGAGAGCAAUGACAGAGAUUACAUCAGAUGUUCCCGCGACAAGGGCUCUAGGGAUUGGUCACGUUCGCCGGAAUACUCCAGUCAUCGGUCCCGUCGCAAGCGCUCGGAGAGAUCUCGCUCCGAUGUGGACGAGCACAAGUGGCCCAGGACCCCGCCUGCAUCGAUUGAUUCCCCGUCGCGGCCGCGUUCGCCUGACACGAUGGACUACGAUGACGACGACUCGCGCUCCCAUUACAAGAUGCAGUCGUCGCACUACAGGCACUCCUCGGAGUCCUUGCACCGUGGAGAGCGAGAUCGGGACGAUGAGGACCGAUCCUGUACGCCGCAAGAACAGUUCGAACCCAUUCUUAGUGAUGAUGAGAUCAUUGGGGACGACGAAGAGGAGGAUGCUGUGGAUGCAGCUGCCAUUGCGGAGUACGAGCGGGAAUUAGAGGCCGCUGCUGCCGCUGCUCCUCCUGCCAUAGAUGCUUUCGAGCCCUGGCAAAAACCAUUGCUGGUAUAUGAAGGGGAUAUGGCUGCCCACUUUAGCAAGGAACUGGAAACUCUAAAGCUUCUUUUUAAGAAGCUGGUCUUGCAAACCCGUUGCGAAAAUGUUACUUCAUUCAGCGAGGAGCAUGGUGCAAGUGUGGACGAAAGAGAGCAAUUUGUGUACUUGGGAGAGCAACUAAACAACCAAUUGGGCUAUUUAGCACAGCAUUUCAAGAGGAGGAACUUUGUCCUGCAGCAGUUUUUUGGAAACGAUGAAGUGCAUCUACGCCAGGCGGCAAACGUCCUGCAGAUUGCCCUGAGUUUUCAAGCAGCCUGCAUGCAGCCGCAGCCUGCAUUUAAGAUCCGACAUAUCAAGCUUGGUGCCCGUAUGGCUGAGCUUCUGGGCAGUAGCGAAGAUCUCUUCCAGCAUUUGUUAAAGGAGCACAAAUUUGAUACCUUCGAGGCAGUAUUUCGUCUGUACCACGAACCUUACAUGGCGUUGUCCAUUAAGCUGCAGCUUCUCAAAGCCGUUUACGCCUUGCUGGACACUAGGAUGGGCAUCGAACAUUUUAUGGCCUCAAAAAAUAAUGGUUACCAGAUGAUAGUCGAGGCCAUCAAGAACGCCAAACUGACGAGGACAAAGUACGCACUGCAGGCGAUUAUAAAGAAACUGCAUUUGUGGGAAGGCCUGGAGACUGUGCAGAUCUGGUGCCGGCGACUUUUCGUGGACAGAAUAAUUAUACCGGGAAAUCGUGACCAAAUGGAGGACACAGUGAUAACCUGUCAGCAAAUAGAGUUCGCCUUUGAGAUGCUAAUGGAUGCAUUGUUUUCCAGCCAAUUGAGCUACUUGCAGCCUCGCCGUUUUCUUCCCGUGUCUAAGAAGUUCGAAGUGGUUACCGAUCCCACGGCACAGCGGAGCUUCGGAAAUGCCCUACAAUCCUAUUUAGGACAGAACUCAUUGGCGGAAUCUUUGCUAGUCAUGUUGGGAAACUGCAAGGAGUUGCCGGCCACCACAUAUCUAAGCAUGCUGGAUUUGAUACAUACCCUUCUACGGUCCCAUGUAGGCAUUGAUUACUUUGUAGAUGAUGCUUUUCCUGUUACCCAAACGAUUGUAGCCAUAUUGCUGGGUUUGGAUGAGAUUCCUAGGAAUCCAGAAGAAGAAGAGGUAAAACCGGAUAAGCCAGAACCAGAGGAUAAGCUAAUGGAAGACGAGAACAAAGUAUCGGAAGCAGGUGAGAAGCAAAGUGUUCCACCCGCCGACGAGGAGGUAAAAUCUACUGCUCCCGCGGUUCCUGUUUCUGCUCCAGUUCCGGUACCUCAAAUGCGACCCAGGCCGAUCCUUCGCCCUGUGCUGCCACGGCUUGCAAGAUUGGGCAUCGAAAUGUCUUACAAGGUUCAGACCCGUUACCAUCUGGAUGCCAUUGUUUACGCAGCCGCAGCUCCCGAAUACGACGCCGUCAAGUUGGCCACUCAUAUGCAUGCCAUUUACUCGCAGACCUGCGACCCCGCUGGACGGCAGCACACUGUGGAAGUGCUGGGCUUGAAUAACAAUCUUAAGAUUUUUAUGGAUCUGAUUAAGAAAGAGCAGCGUCUGCAGACGCAACGCCAACUUAGUUCCCCUGGUACCAAGUACAAAAGCCCAGUGUUGAGCUAUGCGGUGGAUAUGGUGGAUGCCUGCGUUCGCUAUUGCGAACAGUUGGACUACCUCAUCGAACACGGGGGCGUGAUCUUGGAGCUGGCUAAGAAUCAUGAGACCUUUGAACCGUCGGUGUCUGCAGUGUUGCAGGAGAUGUACGUCUACAUGAAGCCACUUGAGGCAAUAAAUGUAUUCGUGUAUGAUGACAUCAUGCCGCUGGUGGAAGUGAUAGGCCGCUCUUUGGAUUAUCUUACUACUUUCCCUGGAGAUCUUAUUAUGGCCCUUCGGAUUUUACGUUACCUCUCCAUCAGCAAGCCAAUUGCAGGACAAAAAGCUCCUCCUGUAACCGAGGAGCUGAAACAUCGUUUUGUGGCCCUGCAGUUAUACGCAGCAGACGGUGUCCAGCUUUGUAUUCAAAUUAUGGAGAGGCUUUGCGCUUACUUCGAGCAGCCUGGUGCACAUGCUCCUGCCUUGAUGACCAUACAGGGAGUUCAUUGCUGCCAGAUCAUGCUCCCCACAUUACAGAUCCUCAGAGAACUGCUCUCAUACGCAAUCCUAAGUAGAGAUGGCACCUACAAGGACCUCACAGCCAUCGAUCACCUGGUGAAGGUGUACUAUUUGCUCUAUUACUAUCCGACGCGCUGUCAGGCGGGACUGGAAGUAGAACAGUGCAAGAUGGAGGUAGUCCAGACCCUCCUCGCGUAUACUCAGCCUAAUGAACAAGACGAGGAGUCACUGCAUAAGUCCCUUUGGACGCUGAUGAUUAGAGAGGUUCUUAAAAAUGUUGACGGUCCGGCACACUUCAUUCCAGGACUUAAACUCCUAGCGGAGCUGCUACCUCUGCCUCUGCCUAUGCCGCAGCCACUUUGUGACCAAUUGCAGCAACAGCACAAGCAGCGUCUAAUCACCGAGCGGAAAUUGUGGUCCGCCCACUUGCACCCCCAGAGCGGGCAGAUCGCCAAGCUGGUGGAGGCACUUGCUCCCUCCAGCUUCCCACAGUUGUCCGAACUCCUGCAGCGAGUUUGUAUGCAACUGUCGGAUCUGGCGCCAAACAUGACGCUGCUAAUCGCAAAGACUAUCACGGAACUUCUGUGCAAUGAAUAUCAGACAUCAAACUGUAUUCCGACUACCAAUCUAGAACGCCUACUCCGUUUCUCAACGCGCUUGUGUGCAUUUGCUCCUUUGAAGAGUUCAAUGUUAUCUAUUCUUUCGGGGAAGUUCUGGGAACUUUUCCAGUCCCUUUUGGCCCUUAAUGAAUUCAACGACGUGGUUUCCAAUUGCCAGGAGGCAGUGCAUCGAAUUCUGGACAGUUUUCUAGACUCCGGUAUUUCGUUGAUCUCUCACAAGUCUACGGCUUCGCCAGCUCUUAAUCUCUCUGCAGCACUGCCCCCUAAAGAACUAAUCCCUAGAAUUAUAGAUGCUGUCUUUAGUAACUUAACUAGCGUGGAAGUCACUCAUGGUAUUUCAAUCCUGGCGGUUCGUAAUUUAGUCAUUCUAACCGAACAUGAUUUCACUUUUUACCACCUGGCGCAGUUGUUGAAACAGAAGAUCACCGAGUUUCAGGCGUGGAUGGAGCGCGUAAUCCUUCACAACGAAACAGUGGAAUACAACGCCAACAUCGAAUCUCUAAUCCUGCUGCUGCGUUCUCUAACUCAAAUCGAACCUCCGCCCACGAUGUCGGCGAUGCCCCAUCGAACACUGAAACUUGGCGCCACGGAGCUUGCCCAGCUGGUGGAGUUCCAGGACAUUGAAUUGGCUAAGCCACCGGUUCUGAGCCGAAUCCUUACCGUCAUGGAAAAACACAAGGCGGUAGCCAACGAAGCGGCGCUUAGCGAUCUUAAGCAACUGAUUUUGCUGCAAGCCUCAAAGCAGGAAAUUCUUGCCGGAACCAGUACUGAAACGCCACCUGAGGUAGAUGGAGACGCCAAUCCAUCAACCAGCACCUGCAGUGGGUCUCUUUCCGUAGAACCCUUUUUACCCCAGGCUGAGGGCAUAGUCACGCAGUAUGAGGCACGCCCAAUCUUCACGAGAUUCUGUGCCACCGCAGAAAACGCCCAACUUACAGCUCGCUACUGGCUAGAUCCGCUGCCCAUCGAAUUAAUCGAAGACAUGAACGAACCCAUAUACGAGCGUAUUGCCUGUGAUCUUACAGAUUUGGCGAACGUGUGCCUCAAUCCGGAUUUGAAUGUGGCUGGAGAUAGCAAGAGGGUGAUGAACUUAUCCGGCUCACCGCAAUCCAAUCGGGAGAUGACGCCAACGGCUCCUUGUUUCCGCACGCGUCGAGUGGAGGUGGAACCCGCCACUGGACGACCCGAGAAAAAGAUGUUUGUUUCGUCAGUAAGGGGCCGCGGUUUUGCUCGUCCUCCACCUUCCAGGGGCGAUCUUUUCAGGUCCCGUCCACCCAACACAUCAAGACCUCCGUCCCUACACGUUGACGACUUUCUGGCCUUGGAAACUUGCGGCGCCCAGCCCACGGGACCUACUGGCUACAAUAAGAUACCCUCCAUGCUAAGGGGGUCUAGAGUGGGACGCAAUCGAGGAUCCCGCAUUUCGGCAGCCGCUGCUUUCAGACAAAAGAAGCUUAUGCGCAUUGGCUCGCCAUCUAGCUGGGCAGAGUCUUCCGGAUCAUAUCGCUCGGGAUCGGAUUCACACUUCAAUAGCAGUGAUUCUCACUAUUCAUCGCCCCACUACAGUGGACGCCCCCGUGGCCGUGGCCUGCGAUCAAGACCAUCCUACUUAAGAUAGGAAAAUGCAGCUUAACUGCCUGGUUCUCGAUUCAAAUUGAGUAAAAGUGCUAGAAUUUAUGAACCAGGUUGAUAUUAAUUAAGCAGUUUAAUUCCAUUAGUUUAUAACAAGUGCAAGUUUUGUAUUAGCACGCUGAAUUUCCCCAAUUUGUAUAUAAGCUUAAAGUUAAUUUUCUGUAAUUACACUGUGCAAACGGA